UGCAGCUGUUUGACUUUGCGGCGGACAACAUGGCGGCCUCCAUGUUGGGCUCGCUGCUGCGGAGCGUCCGGCAGAUGGUUCCUUCAUCAACUCCAGGUCCAGUUCGGGGUUACUACGUAGACUGGAAGAUGUUGCGUGAUGUGAAGAGACGGAAAAUGGCCUAUGAAUACGCAGACGAGAGGCUACGCAUUAAUUCGCUCAGGAAGAAUACAAUUUUGCCAAAAGGCCUUCAGGAAGUGGCUGAUGAAGAAAUUGCUGCCCUUCCCCGAGAUAGCUGUCCCGUCAGAAUCAGAAAUCGGUGUGUCAUGACAUCCCGUCCACGUGGCGUGAAACGGCGUUGGAGGCUUAGCCGUAUUGUCUUCCGUCACUUAGCUGACCACGGGCAGCUGUCUGGGGUCCAGCGAGCAAUGUGGUGAUCCGCUCCAGAACCUACUGAGCUCCCUGAGAAACGGGCUGCCACAGAGAGAGACUUUUCUAAGACAAAAACCCUUUUAAUAGGCAUCUAGUACAGGAGUCUAAUCUACCUAAUGUCAUUACUUUUAAAUUUUCAAUGAAAACAUUUAGAUGGUUCAUUCUGUCAGUAAAGUGUCUUUCUGUUGGACUAAAUUAAACAUACUGCUCUCAUGUGUGGUACAGAGUAAUAAAAAAUAUUUUCUGUGAAAA